AUGUCAGAGACUUCCUCCCAUGACUCCUUCUAUGAUUCCCUGUCAGACAUGCAGGAAGACAGCAAGAAUGCUGACUUCUUCCCUGAACUAUCUGCUUUUCUCAGCCAGGAAGAGAUAAACAAGAGCCUUGACCUGGCCCGGAGAGCUAUAGCCAACUCUGAGACAGAAGAUUUUGACUCAGAAAAGGAAAUUUCACAGAUUUUCAACAACUCUCCUGGAAGCCUCUGUGAAAAUCCUUCCCGAAAGGACACCAAAUUGUGUGAGCCAACUUCCUCGGGAAGACCUCCAGAUAACAGGCCAGGAGAACACACUGAGAGUAUCUCCUCACCUGGUUCAAAGAGGAAACCUGCCAUCUCACCCCUGCUUGCCAGACCCAGCUAUAUCCAGAGCCUCCGAAAGGCUGAAAAACGUGGUACAAAAACUCCUGACACAAGCGUCAAGUCCAAACCAGCAUUUCAAGGUAAGGCUGGCUCCCAGAGCCAGCUGUGUGACAAGGCGGCUAAUUUCAUCGAGGAGCUGACAUCCAUAUUUAGAGAAGCAGCAAAGCCAAGAAACAGAAGCCCAAAUGGGGAGUCCUCCUCACCAGACAGUGGGUACCUGUCUCCUAAAAAUCAGCCCUCUGCCCUGAUGAGUGCCUCAGCCAGCCAGAGCCCCACCGGAGACCAACAGGAGAUUGAAGCCGAGGUCAAGUUACCUGAGGCCAGGCAUUGCUACGGAGCAGACCGGGAUGAGGCACUGCCGUGCAAUAGCAUCUCUCACCCACAGCCCCAGAAUGCACUCCACUUCCCAUCAGCCCCUCGAUUCAUCCAGAAGCUGAGGAGCCAAGAAGUGGCAGAAGGAAGCAGAGUUUAUUUGGAGUGUAGAGUCACUGGCAACCCAACUCCUCGAGUCAGAUGGUUCUGUGAGGGAAAGGAGGUGCACAACACUCCUGAUAUUCAGAUCCACUGUGAGGGUGAGGACCUCCAUUCCCUGGUCAUAGCAGAAGCCUUUGAGGACGACACAGGUCGCUAUACCUGUCUGGCCACGAACCCCAGCGGCUCAGAGACAACAUCUGCUGAGGUAUUCAUUGAAGGUGCCAGUUCAUCAGAUUCUGACAGUGAAAAUUUAGCUUUCAAAUCAAAACCUGGAGCUAUGCCACAAGCUCAAAAGAAAACAACUUCUGUUUCCCUGACAAUAGGGUCAUCAUCUCCAAAGACCGGAGUGACCACAGCUGUGAUUCAGCCAUUGUCUGUUCCUGUUCAACAGGUUCACAGUCCAACCUCGUAUCUCUGCAGACCUGAUGGAACCACUUCUGCCUACUUUCCUCCUGUUUUUACAAAGGAACUGCAAAACAUAGCAGCAUCAGAAGGCCAGGUGGUGGUUCUAGAGUGCAGGGUCCGGGGAGCACCCCCAUUGCAAGUCAAGUGGUUCCGACAAGGCAGUGAAAUCCAGGACUCUCCAGACUUCAGAAUUCUACAGAAAAAACCUAGAUCUACAGCUGAACCUGAGGAGAUCUGUACCCUCGUUAUCGCUGAGACUUUCCCUGAAGAUGCGGGGAUCUUUACGUGCUCGGCAAGAAAUGAUUAUGGAUCAGUAACCAGCACUGCCCAGCUGGUUGUCACCUCAGCCAACACUGAAAACUGUAGCUAUGACUCCAUGGGAGAAUCCAACAAUGAUCACUUCCAACACUUUCCACCGCCCCCUCCAAUCUUGGAGACAAGUCCCUUUGAGUUGGCUUCAAAGAAACCGGCUGAGAUCCAGCAGGUGAACAGCCCAGAGUUGGGGCUUGGAAUGGCAGCCCUUCAAAUGCAGUUCAGUUCUGCUGAGAGGGAAACUAACGGAGUCCACCCCAACCAUGGAGUAAACGGACUGAUUAACGGCAAAGCUAACGGUAAUAAAUCUCCUCCAACACCAGCUGUCCUGCUUUCACCCACGAAAGAGCCACCACCUCUGCUUGCCAAACCGAAACUGGACCCUCUGAAACUCCAGCAGCUGCAGCAGCAAAUCCGCCUGGAGCAGGAGGCCAGCGCGCGGCUCGCCCCGCCGGCCGGCGCCCCGCGCAGCGCGCCCCCCUCGCCGCCCUUCCCGCCGCCGCCCGCCCUCCCCGAGCUCGCGGCCUGCGCGUCGCCCGCCGGCCCGGAGCCCAUGAGCGCGCUCGCCUCCCGCGCCGCGCCCGCCAUGCAGUCCUCCGGCUCCUUCAACUACGCGCGCCCCAAGCAGUUCAUCGCCGCGCAGAACCUGGGCCCCGCGUCCGGCCACGGCACGCCGGCCUCCAGCACCAGCUCGUCCAGCCUCCCGUCGCCCAUGUCGCCCACGAUGAAGCAGUUCGGCCGCACGUCCGCGCCGUCCUUCGCGCAGCCCUUCGGCGCCGAGGCGGAGGCGCCGUGGUCCCCGGCCUCGCCGUCACCGCCGCCCCCGCCGCCCCCGGUCUUCAGCCCCACCACGGCCUUCCCGGUGCCCGACGUGUUCCCGCUGCCGCCGCCGCCGCCGCCGCUCCCCAGCGCCGCCCUGGCCUCGCCCGCCGCCCGCCUGGGCCACAGCCAGACGCCCGCCGCCUUCCUCAGCGCCCUGCUGCCCUCGCAGCCGCAGCCCGUUGCUGUCAACGCCCUGGGCCUACCCAAGGGUGUCACCCCCGCGGGAUUUCCAAAGAAAGCCAACAGGACUGCUAGAAUCGCCUCUGAUGAAGAGAUUCAAGGCACGAAAGAUGCCGUCAUUCAAGACCUGGAACGUAAACUUCGCUUCAAGGAGGACCUCCUGAACAACGGCCAGCCGAGGCUAACAUAUGAAGAAAGAAUGGCUCGUCGAUUACUAGGUGCUGACAGUGCAACUGUCUUUAAUAUUCAGGAGCCAGAAGAGGAAACAGCUAAUCAGGAAAUUGGGUCUCCUCAUGCUUCUGUAGGGAGUCCUCUGGAUGGUCAAAAGGAAUACAGAGUCUCCAGCUGUGAACAGAGACUCAUCAGUGAAAUCGAGUACAGGCUAGAAAGGUCUCCGGUGGAUGAAUCGGGGGACGAAGCUCAGUACGGGGACAUGCCUGUGGAAAAUGGAGUGGCACCGUUCUUUGAGAUGAAGCUGAAACAUUACAAGAUAUUUGAAGGAAUGCCUGUAACUUUCACUUGCAGAGUCACUGGGAAUCCAAAGCCAAAGAUCUAUUGGUUUAAAGAUGGAAAGCAGAUCUCUCCGAAGAAUGAUCAUUAUACCAUUCAGAGAGAUCUCGACGGGACCUGCUCUCUCCAUACCACGGCCUCCACCCUAGAUGAUGAUGGGAAUUACACAAUUAUGGCAGCAAACCCUCAGGGCCGUGUCAGUUGUACUGGUCGGCUAAUGGUACAGGCUGUCAACCAAAGAGGUCGCAGUCCCCGCUCUCCCUCCGGCCAUCCUCAUGGCAGAAGGCCCCGUUCUAGAUCAAGGGACAGCGGAGAUGAAAAUGAACCAAUUCAAGAGCGGUUCUUCAGGCCUCACUUCUUGCAGGCUCCUGGAGAUCUGACUGUUCAAGAAGGAAAACUCUGCAGAAUGGACUGCAAAGUCAGUGGGUUACCAACCCCAGACCUCAGCUGGCAACUAGAUGGGAAGCCAAUCCGCCCUGACAGUGCCCACAAGAUGCUCGUGCGUGAGAAUGGGGUGCACUCGCUGAUCAUAGAGCCCGUCACCUCGCGGGACGCCGGCAUCUACACAUGUACGGCCACUAACCGAGCGGGACAGAACGCGUUCAGCCUGGAGCUUGUGGUUGCAGCUAAAGAAGCGCACAAACCCCCCGUGUUUAUCGAGAAGCUGCAAAACACAGGAGUUGCUGACGGGUACCCAGUGCGACUGGAAUGCCGUGUUUCAGGAGUGCCACCACCUCAGAUAUUUUGGAAGAAAGAAAAUGAAUCCCUCACUCACAGUACUGACCGAGUGAGCAUGCACCAGGAUACCCACGGCUACAUCUGCCUGCUCAUUCAGGGAGCCACGAAAGAAGAUGCCGGCUGGUACACGGUGUCGGCCAAGAAUGAAGCAGGGAUUGUGUCCUGUACUGCCAGGCUGGAUGUUUACACCCAGUGGCAUCAGCAGCCACAGAGCACCAAGCCAAAAAAAGUACGCCCCUCAGCCAGUCGCUAUGCAGCACUUUCAGACCAGGGACUAGACAUCAAAGCAGCGUUCCAACCUGAAGCCAGUCCAUCUCACCUGACACUGAAUCCCGGCUUGGUAGAAAGUGAGGACCUGUAAUCCAACAUUCUUGUUGAAACUGAAACACUGAAACAGCCUUGCCUUGACCAGCAUAUUCCUUUGUCACAGUAUGUAAAAGGCAAAAACAUACCUUUGACUGUAAGAAAUAAAAAAAUAUUUUUCUUAGAAUUUAAGUAAGCGAUGCUAAUAGAAAUGUACACGUUGCACAGAAAAUUCACAUUCAUCAUCCAAUUUAAAACUUUUGAAUUGCUGUGAUUAAAGUGGUCUGAAAUGCUAAAAGGAAAUCAAUUGUUCAAAGGUAACUACAAUUUGUAUUAUCAAAAGUGCCUUUAAAACACUAGCUUUAGGUGCUACAUAGCAUGAUAGUGUGGAAUGCUUUUAACAUGAGGCAAUUGUACAACUGCUACUAAAAUGAUUCUAAAAUGGCAGUGUAUUCAGACAGCUACAGUGAAUCAAGUGCAAUAUAUGAGGAUGAAAGAGGAAAUGCAAAGAAAUCCAAGUAAAUGCUUUGUCUUUGCAAACUGUUUUAUAUUAAACCAUAAGGAAUUACUUGCCUUAAAUUUUAAUAAUAUCCAGAGUUUUCUAACAAGGUUAAUACCUUACUUCAUAACCUUUAUUUCUUUGUAUUGUAUUUUCUUUUCAUGCUACCUUGGUAGAAAGCUAAUUUACAAACCGUAUUGAAAGGCUAAUUUAAAUAUAAAUAAUAUAAAGUAUUCUGAAUAAAGCCAAAAUAUAUUACAGUCCAUUCCAAGAAAGGCAUCCAAACCACCCAAGUGACCAAGGCACAUAGAAUUUGGAGGAAAGAGGGGUUUGGAAAGAGUAGGGAGAAGAAUGAAGGAAAAUGCUACACGCGUAUUUACUACAUUGUAUUCAUUCAGAUAAAAGAAGGGGCAGGAAACAUGUUAAAGGACAGGCUUUUCUUUGGCUUUCUUGACAAUUAAUCUAACAUGUAGGUGAAAAACACUGCCACUCACCGGUCAGGGAAUCCAGGGUCAGCUGAAAGUUUGGAGCAUAUGUGCUAUGGAAAUUUUAGCGUGUCUGACGUUUGUGUAGUAGAAGAUUUUAGAUGUUUAGAGCAAGUUGAAAAUGGAUUGAGACUGCAAGAUUGGCAUAAAUGAAAAAUUGCCUGUAGCAUCUAGUCUACUUGAGGGAAAUGGAGACUUAGUAGAGACAAAAACAGGUUUGUGCCAUAGUGUUGUUUUUUUUUCCAAUGGCACCAAGAUAUGGUGAAUGGAAAAUAUUAGUUCACUUCCCUGCUGUUGUGAAACCUUGCCUUAAGAAGGUGCUGAAUUCUGAGUAGUUUGUAAAGGCAUCUCAGCAGAGACUAAUUUUUAAAUGUACACAAUUCUGCAUCAGCUAAAUUGAGUUGAUUCUGACCAGACUUGAUCGUUUUAAGUCGGAACCAAUAAACUUUAAAAAGGAGAAAAAAAACAAUUUGGCCUACUAUCAUAACAUGAGGCUUUAAUGGUACUUUGCUAUGAAAAGAAAACACUGUAUUCCUUAUGCAAAACACGUAUCUCUCAUUAUUUAUAAUAAAAAUGUUGAACUCUCUUAGCACAGUUACUCAAUUCAAUACAUAGUGUUUUUUAAAAUAAUUUUAUAUUUGUGUACCACCCUAUAUAUUUCAUAUUACUGCUUCACAUGUACAGCUUUCUACUUCUUUGUAAGAACACCAACCAAGUUUUAAAUGGUUAAUGGGCUUGAGCACUGGGUGGCAGAUGUUCUCUGCAGUGGUACAAGUUUCUUUGAUCACACUUAUAUGCAUUACUAAUAUGGAAUUUAAGAUACCAUACAAAGUCCCUCAUGGACUUACCUAUGUUCUAGUAUUGACUUAUGUCAUAUCUUACUUGCCAAAUUUUUCUGAAUGUGACUUUUUUGCUAAUUUGCUGGGUUUGGGAUUAAGUAGCAUUAUUUUGCCACCUUUUAUGUUGUAUUUAUAAAAAAAUAGUAUUAUACUACUUUGGAUUGUUGUGCUGGUGUAAUGUGGAUUUAACAUCAAUAAAUAUUUAACAAAUA